AUUCCUUCAACACACAAAGCGGGGAACGUGCCCGGCACAUUCAUUGUCCGCGGCUUUCGGUGGUGGCCGGUGACCGCGAUUUCUGCUGCAGGUACAAGGGUUCUUCUGUUUUGAAUCGGCUGUCGCCUUUAUCCUCGUGUGGGAAGCCGCCCCCUGAUCGAGGGGUUGCGGGUGGAGAAUACAUUUCGUCUCGCCGCUGUAGCAUGUGUUUCGCCGAACCCGCAGUCGCCAGCUAGCGCCGCCGCUCGCGGCGGCCGCGGCGCGAACUGCGGCCGCCAUGUAGUGCCGCUAGAUGGCACCCGCGCUCGAGCCGCCUCGCCGUCCCGCGACGAUCGAGGUGUCCGUGGAGACGCUGACUGGCUCUGGCUUCAACCUGCGCGUCUCCAGCUUCGAGACGGUGAUGUCGGUGAAGGCGCGCAUCCAGCGCAUUGAGGGCGUGCCCAUAUCGCAGCAGCACUUGAUCUUCCACGAGCGCGAGCUGUCGGACGGCGCCUCGCUGCUGGAGAGCGGCGUCACCAGCGGCAGCCGGCUGAAGCUGGUGGUGGCCAUGCGCGGCGGCCCUGUCAACACGCGACGCUUGCCCAUGUAUGACGACAUCACGCGCGCCGAGAUGCAGCAGCUCAUGGAGAUGCAGAGCAGGGAGGCGUCGUGGGACGGCGACACGUCCGGCCGGCAGGUGACGCUGCUGGUGUUCCGCGAGGGUGACCAGGUCAACUUCUACCGCGUCAUGGAGAACACGGACGGCACGUUCUCGCCGCUCUCCGACUCGUGGGGAUCGUCCAUCAGGACCGUGAUAGAAUGGCUGAAGGGUCCGGAGGACUGGCUGUAG